AUGAAUUCUCGAACCCACAUUAAACGACUUAAAGUUACUGCAGCUUGUUUUAAUUGUCGUAAAAAAAAGCGAGGUAAUGCGGAUGUGAUAAAAACGAAAGCAAACCGAGUCGAGGAUUUGUUUGACACUAUCUCUGAAGAUUAUUUGAGUUUAAAGGAAAAAGAAAUAAAAAAUCAAGUUUUAGAAUCAAUUGAUGGCAUACCAGCAGACGUCGUCAGAGAAAUUGAAGCUUCAAAAAAUUCGAUGAAAUUCCACAAUCCUUAUGAUAACCAAGAUCUUUACGCUACUCUUCCUCGACUGGUGAUCCCGCUUCAAAAUCACAUCAUAAUGAAACAGCUGACUUGCGCAAAAUGCGCACCAGAAAAUUCAAAUGAAAUUCCUCUACCAGAAAAUCAGAUCUAUCAACAACCCGGAUUUUCUCAACAACUUCUUCCUCCGAUAUUACCAAAUCAAAUCUUACCACAAUCGCCAUUACAGCCAAUAUCAACAAUCACAUCAACAUCAAUAACCAACAUUCAAUCAUCGUUGGAAGAUUUAUCACCAAUAGAACUAAUGAAUAAUGGUUUUUACCUUGUACCAUUUUUGCCAUCGCCAGAUGAAAUGCUCCGUGGUAGUGUUCCUGCACCUGAUUUUUUCAUUAAUGAUGAAGAACUAUCAACUACGAAUAU